AUUCUUUUUUGCUUAUGAAAAUGAUAGUACUAGCACACAAUGUCCAACUUCUUCAUCGAUACACAAUUAUAAUAAUUUUACUACAUCUUUACUGAUGCAUGAUGCUGAUAAUAUUAAUACGCCUCUUUUGCCAACAAACAAUGAUGAUAUUACUAUAUUUCAAGUUUCUCCCUCAACAGAUAAUCUAACUUUGAAACAGCCGACACAAUUUCAACAAUUUAAUAAUAAGUUUGAAAUUACUUGGUGGUUGGCACACCAAAAAAGAAUUUUAGAUUUAGCAACUAAUAUUAGAAAAGUGAAGUUGACAAGAGUAGAUGAAGAGGAUAAUUCAACUUCAACAUCUACUGAUAUUAUAUUAAAUAAACCUAUAUCAAAACUUCCUAAAAUUGAUCAAGAAGAAUAUAAAGCUCUAUUUCUCUGA